CUAAUGGCUACCUUUUAUUUAUUUUCAGCUAUGAUGUUAUCUUUGCGGGGGGCCCUGAAGAACUGUUAAAGAAAUUUCAGGAAACUAAUCAUAAAGUGGUGUUUGCAGCAGAUGGACUAAUUUGGCCGGAUAAAAGGCUAGCUGACAAGUAUCCUGUUGUCCGGAGUGGAAAACGAUUCCUGAACUCAGGAGGAUUUAUUGGUUAUGCUCCAUAUAUAAAUCGUAUUGUGCAGCAAUGGGAUCUGCAGGAUAAUGAUGAUGACCAGCUGUUUUACACCAAAAUCUAUGUUGACCCAUUGGCAAGGGAACGCAUUAACAUUACUUUGGAUCACAAAUGUACAAUUUUUCAGACCCUAAAUGGAGCUGUUGAUGAAGUCCUUUUGAAAUUCGAAGAAGGAAAAGUAAGAGCGAGGAAUUCAGUGUACGACACACUACCGAUCACAAUUCAUGGAAAUGGUCCAACUAAAAUUCACUUGAAUUAUUUGGGAAACUAUAUCCCCAAUUCUUGGACACGUGAAACUGGUUGCAGUAUUUGUGAUUUAGACUUACUAGACCUGUCAACAGUAACGGAAUAUCCAAGAGUAAAAAUUGGUGUUUUCAUUGAACAACCCACUCCUUUCCUACCUAAAUUUUUAGACAGACUGUUGACUCUGGACUACCCAAAGGAGGCAUUCAGUAUCUUCAUUCACAAUAAUGAGGUUUACCAUGAAAAGCACAUCAAGAAAUUCUGGGAAAAAGCCAAGAACACUAUCAGAAAUAUAAAAAUUGUUGGACCUGAAGAAAAUCUGAGUCAAGCAGAAGCCCGGAACAUGGGAAUGGACCUUUGUCGCCAGGAUAAAGCAUGUGAAUAUUAUUUCAGUGUAGAUGCAGAUGUUGUGCUGACAAACCCGAAAACUUUAAGAAUACUGAUAGAACAGAACAGAAAGAUAAUUGCUCCACUCGUUACUCGUCAUGGGAAGCUUUGGUCCAAUUUCUGGGGUGCUCUGAGCCCAGAUGGCUAUUAUGCUCGGUCAGAAGAUUAUGUUGAUAUUGUUCAAGGGAACAGAGUAGGAGUAUGGAAUAUUCCUUAUAUGGCUAAUAUAUACUUAAUUAAGGGACAAACUCUCAGAUCAGAGAUGAAAGAAAAGAACUAUUUUAUGCGGACUUUACAAAGGGAAAAAGACUCCCCUUCUUCGGAAACAUUCCAUAUGCUCAGACCCCCAAAGGGUGUUUUCAUGUACAUUACCAACAGACAUGAAUUUGGAAGACUUAUUUCUACAGCCAAUUACAAUACCUCCCACUACAACAAUGACCUCUGGCAGAUAUUUGAAAAUCCUGUGGACUGGAAGGAAACUUACAUAAAUCCCAACUACUCAAAGAUAUUCACUGACAAUAUAGUAGAACAGCCAUGUCCAGAUGUGUUUUGGUUUCCCAUAUUUUCUGACACCGCCUGUGAUGAAUUGGUAGAAGAAAUGGAACAUUUUGGACAAUGGUCUGGUGGAAAACACCAAGACAGCCGUAUUUCCGGAGGUUAUGAAAAUGUGCCAACUGAUGAUAUUCAUAUGAAGCAAAUUGGACUGGAUAAUGAAUGGCUGCAUUUCAUAAGAGAGUUCAUUGCACCAGUAACGCUUAAAGUGUUUGCUGGCUAUUACACCAAGGGGUAUGCAUUACUGAAUUUUGUUGUAAAAUAUAGCCCUGACAGACAACGGUCACUCAGACCUCAUCAUGACUCCUCUACAUUCACAAUCAACAUUGCUCUUAACAAAGUAGGAGAGGACUUUCAAGGAGGUGGAUGUAAAUUUCUUAGGUACAACUGCUCCAUUGAGUCUCCCAGGAAAGGAUGGAGUUUCAUGCAUCCGGGAAGACUUACUCAUUUACAUGAAGGACUUCCUAUCUUGAAUGGCACAAGAUACAUUGCAGUAUCAUUUAUUGAUCCUUAAUUUUAUUUUUUUUCCCUCUUCAGCAGUGUUUGAUUCUUUACAUAAACAUUUAUUUAUAGAUUUCUUCUGGAAGAUGGUGAUAAAAGAAACUUUUAAGUUACUGUUCCUAGACAGCAAAGGUACUUUGGGCUAAAAGAAAGAAAAAAGAAAAUGUUCUAAAGUUGUUGAAGACUUCUCAAUGUCUGCUCUGAGCCUUGAGUCACAAACUAAACAUAUCCUGCUUAUUUUUUUUCCAUUCUGCUGUCUUAAUGAGAGUAGGUAAGGAGGGAAAAUGGAAAAGCAUUUUAUAAUUAACCCAUUUCUUUUGUUGAAAAAGUCCAAACAACCUUAGAUACAAAGUUAUCUGAAAAAUUUAUUGUGGUUUUCAUUCAGUAAACUGAUACAGCUAAAGUUUUUUUGGGGUGUAUAUUUGGUACCAACCAAUUCAAAACCACAGCAUAAAAA